GGAAGAUUGAUGACAAGGACCUUCCUCCAGAGCCGACAGAGAGAAGAAAGCCUUCCCCUGGAGCUGACUCCCUGAAUUUGGGCUUGUAGCCUACUAGACUAUGCCAGGUAUUGGUUGAAAAAACCAGGACCCCCUAACAAGAGCUCUCAGAUGGAAGGAGGCUGUAACAAGAUUGUGUCAGCUCAGCUGCAAUAAAGUGGCAGAAGGUCUGGAGUCAAAGUGGGGAAGGGCAUUCUAGGCCAAGGCAAUGGCUGUGCAGAGGCAGCAGGCACGGGGAUGGUGAGGGUUUGUAACCACAGUACAACCGUACAACAUAAUUUCACACAAAGAAUGUUUGUGACAAAUAAAUGGCUUUUGUAGGCGGAUGACUAUGCCCUGAAUCCAACAGAGGACAGUCUAUUCCAGCCAGGAGAACAUUUACAACUGGAACGACCAGAUGGGGCAUGCCUACAACCCGGCAAUUUCUCUGACUGCUUCACAAGUGAUCUGACUUCCUCAUUGACCUGUGCCGGGCUGAAUCCACCUCACACCGUUUCUACCUCCCCAGCAUCACAGGCAAUAGGCUGGGCACAAAGUCAGACCAAUCAAUUACUGACUGAUGGAAUUUGGCGGGAAGGGCAGGGUUUAACCGCAGGUCAGGCGCCUUACAUCUUGGCACCUUGAACCGGGUCAGGGCGGUUGCCCCCUACAUGACCCCGACCUCCGCUGGUGAACCGCUGUUGUUACCAGGUCCCCUGAGGGGGAGAGGCUGGGAUUUGCUCUCCGCCCAUUGGUCAGUGGAGUAGCACCUCGGAGAAAUGCUUGUUACUAGAGGCGAGAAGGAGAGCCCAUUGGACAGGACACCUCACAAUGGCCCAGCAGCACGCAGGUUCUUCCGAUUGGUUCGCUGCUGUCUCAGGAGACCCCUGUGGCCUCGAACCCCGACAGACUGCUUCGUGCCCAACCCGACUCCUGUUCCCCAUUGGCUGUUCUGAGGGUCUCCGCCCUCAAAUAAGGAGCGAGAUGCAAAGCACCCGAGCGCUUACUCCCUGCCGUGGGAUCUAGUCCUGCAGGGGGCGACCCAGGACGGGGACUGCAGGUGCUCACGCUGCGUGUAAAGACGGAGGAAAUCGGCACCUCGCCAGAGGCUGGGAAGGUCUACUGCGGAGGACACCUGGUCUCCCUUGGGACCUGGGCUGGGGCUGAACCUUUGGGAGCUCAGCAUCUCCAGCCUGGAACCCAAUCCGGAAGGGUCCAAUAAAUUGUUCAUCAGUUCAUUUAUUUGGCUUUCUGGGGCCACCCCGCACGCCACUUGUCCAAAUCCAUCUCUCUGACGGUGUUGGGAAAGCCCGAGGGCUAAAGAAUUCGGAUUGAGAUCCAAACGGAGGAGUGGCGGAGACAAGGGUGAAGCCGCGGAGGGAAGAUGUUCUACUACCCCAACGUGCUUCAGCGCCACACAGGCUGCUUCGCCACAAUCUGGCUGGCAGCUACGCGCGGCAGCCGCUUGGUGAAGCGGGAAUACCUCAAGGUGAACGUUGUGAAGACCUGUGAGGAAAUCCUCAAUUACGUGUUGGUUCGAGUGGAGCCCCCGCAGCCUGGCCUGCCGCGGCCCCGGUUCUCCCUCUAUCUCUCAGCCCAGCUUCAGAUCGGCGUGAUCCGGGUCUACUGCCAACAAUGCCAGUACCUUGUGGAGGACAUCCAGCACAUCCUGGAGCGGCUGCAUCGUGCCCAGAUGCAGAUCCGCAUUGAUAUGGCAGAGGCUGAACUACCCAGCCUGCUGCUGCCUAGCCGCCUGGCCAUGAUGGAGACCCUGGAAGAUGCUCCUGACCCCUUUUUUGGGAUGAUGGCUGUGGAACCCAGACUUCCCAGCCCCUUUGAGAUCCCUCAGAUUCGACGCCUCUUAGAGGCCGUGACCCCAGAGAGAGUUCUUGAGGAGAUCCCUCCUGAAGUCCCUCCAGAGCUCAGGGAGCCAGAAAGGAUGCUGGGUAUUGUGCCCUCUCCCGAGGUCAUCACCCUCCUGGAGGCAGAGCCCAUACAAAUCUUGCAGAUAGAGGGUGAACGGGAGCUCCCUGAGGUCAGCCGCCGAGAACUUGACCUGCUGUUGGCUGAGGAAGAUGAAGCGAUCUUAUUAGAGGAGCGUAGGGCCCGCCUAGCACUGGAAGUGUCCAAGGAGGAGCUCCGAGCCCUGGAGGGUGAAAUCAUAGUCCCCCGGCUCUCACCUCCAGCUCCUGCACGGGUGGAAAGGGCAGUAGAGCCCCUUCCGGGCGAGUUGCUGGUCCCUGAGGAGCUGAAGCUGGUGCCUUGGGAGCCCACGGCUCUACCCAUCGAGGUGACCCCUCCCCUGGUGCUGCGUCUGCCGGCCCCACCCAGUCCAGAGCGGAAGAGACCCCCAGCCCCCCCACCUCCUGAGGGCCCACCUGCUCGCCGCCGCCGUCGCCAGCUACUGUUCUGGGACAAGGAGACUCAGAUCUCCCGAGAGAAAUUCCAGGAGCAGCUGCAAACCAAAGCCCACUGUUGGGAAUGUCCCAUGGUGCAGCCUCCUGAGAGGAUGACCAUGACCCCAGCCGACCUGUUCCGAACUCCAGCUCUCCCUGGCAGGCUACCCCCAGAACUACUGGCUUUCUGGACCCGCUGUGCCCAGCUGCCCCCAAGAGUGCUCAGACGCAGGCCGCUCUGGGAGCUUGAAGAGGAGGCAGCGGCUGAGGUGGAAAGGAGGAUCGAAGCUCCGAGUGAUAUCGAGGUCCUGAGGGAGGCCCUGGAGCCCAGUGGUCCCCUCGUGCUGCCUUCAGAGAUCUCCCUAGAAGCUGCUGAGGAGGAGAAGCCCCGCGUUAGCCUCAUCCCACCCGAAGAGCGGUGGGCCUGGCCUGAGGCGGAACCAGAGGCCCUUGCAUUGCCCGUGGUGCCUGAACUCCCUGAGAUGCCAGUGGAGAUGCCUUUGGAGCUGCCCCCGGAGCCUGAGCUGCUCUCGCCGGAGGCCGUGCACAGGGCAGUGGCACUGGAGCUGCAGGCCAACCGGGAGCCUGACUUCAGCAGCCUGGUGCCACCUCUCAGUCCCCGCAAGACGGCUGCUCGGGUUUUCUAUCUGCUCCUGGUGCUCUCAGCACAGCGGAUUCUUCAUGUGGAACAAGAGAAGCCAUAUGGGCGCCUCUUGAUCCAGCCGGGACCCCGAUUCCACAGCGGUUAGAGCCCAUUUACAAAGCUGCC